UAAAAAGCGAAUGUUUGUUUGACCUAGUUCAGGUAUAUUCCGAUACUUCAGCUAUAUUUCGAUUUUUUUUCAAUUGGAAAGGGAACAUUGAAGGAAACAUACGUAUUAUUAAAUGCACAAAUGGCAACUGAUUCAACAAAGACAACUAAUAUGAAGCAACGGUUAAUUGUAACCGCAAUCGAUAUAGGGACAACAUAUAGCGGCUGGGCAUAUUCUUCACUAAAUGAACCUGAGAAGGUUUAUGCAAAUCAGACAUGGUAUGCUGAUGAAGGGUCACUUGCAUCUCUAAAGACAUCAUCUUGUCUUCUCUUUACACCGGACAAAAAGUUCAAAUAUUUUGGAUAUAAAGCAGAAAGUGAGUUUGUACGCUUAGCUGGGGAAAAAAAGCACCAAGGCUGGUACUUUUUCAAAAGAUUCAAAAUGGCUCUGUUAAACGACCAGAAAUUGAAUCGGUAUACUACAAUUGAUGACAUAUCAGGAAGAGAAAUGCCAGCACUAGUAGUAUUUGCUAAUGCUAUAAAGUUUCUGAAGGACAACUUUAUGGCAACGAUCCGGAAAAGAGUACCUAGUUUAAAAGACACUGAUGUGACUUACGUUUUAACUGUUCCAGCCAUUUGGAAUGAUAUGGCGAAAAGGUUUAUGCGAGAAGCAGCUGUUGAGGCUGGGAUUCCAAAUAAUCAGCUGGUUAUAGCUCUUGAGCCCGAAGCGGCGUCAGUUUGGUGUCAGGGAUUAAAAACAGAAAUUCAACGUUGCGAUGAAAUGGAUGUCUUGGGAAUUUCAGCUGUUGGGACUCGUUAUAUGAUUGUUGAUUUAGGAGGAGGUACGGCUGAUAUCACUGUUCACGAAAAAAGACCAAACAAUACUUUGCUUGAGAUACAUGAACCAAUAGGAGGUCCAUGGGGAGGGACAGAAGUUGACAAAAACUUCAUUGAAUUGUUUGAAGUAUUAUUUGGUGCGUCUGAUUGGGAGGAAUACAAACGAAACGAGUUAGAAGAUUUACUUUACAUAUACAGAGAUUUCGAAGCAAAGAAACGAAAUUUACAAUUAUUAUCACCAAAACAGAUGAUUCUUCAAGUACCUGUAAGUUUGAAGGAACACUACGAACGAAAUAAAGAUAGAUCAGUCUCGGAAAUUGAGCAUUUAUUUGACGGGAAUAUAAUAUGGCAGAAGGACAAGUUGAAAAUUGAUGCAUCACUUAUCAUGAAAUGUUUUGAGGGACCGGUUCAAAACGUCAUUUGUAAUGUUGAGGAAAUAUUGUCAAAGCGAAAGAUGAGAAACGUCAGCAAAAUAAUACUUGUUGGUGGUUUCUCUGAAAGCAAUUACGUACAAGAGAGGUUUACAGCAAAAUUUACUGACUGGGAAGUUAUCACACCAGUUGAAUGUGGACUUGCCGUCCUUAAAGGCGCUGUUCUGUUCGGGCAAAAUCAGUCAGUAGUUACCGCAAGAAUUGCACGUUAUACAUACGGUCUGGAUAUUGCUGUCCCAUUUGAUCUUACAAAGCAUCCCACGGAAAAAUUGGUUUAUACUGAUGUAGGUAGAUGUUGCAAAGAUUCAUUUUGGAAGGCUGUUGAGAUCGGACAAGAGAUAAAGGAUGGGCAUGAAGUGUCAAGGAUAGGACGAGCAGUAAAUGAUUUUCAAGAUCACAUUAUUUUGACCUUUUUCAAAUCAACUGAACGAGACCCACUUUUCACAACAGAUAAAGGAUGUGAAGCUAUUGGGAAAAUUGAUGUUCCGAUGGAAUGUACAUUAAAAGCCGAUGAAAAUGCUGUCGAACAAAUUUUCAUAUUUGGAGGUACAGAAUUAAGGUUUAAAUCCAAACACAUAACUCGUGGGGAUACACAUGAACUUAACAUUGAUCUCUAAGAAUUAGGUUUUAAACCAAACACUUUACUCGUGGAGAAACCCAUUAGUGUGACAUUGAUAUUUAAGACAUUUUUAUAUGUUGACAUUCAAAAUACAACAGAAAAAGAAAUGUUAUCUAAUAUUAAAAUAUUGGCAGUGUUCAAAUUUUAGUAUACCCUUGAUUUAUUUGUCAUAAUUGACAUGUGAAUUAUACGUGUAUUCUUAACUGAUGAUUCUCAUUUCGCUCUAUUUUACAGUAUGGUUUCUAUAUUUAAAGACACCGUUUCAAUCUAUUUUAUAUAUAAUUAUUAAUAUAAAACUGACAUAUAUUCUGAAAAUGUGAAUUAUUUACUUUUAUUUAUUUAUGAAUCUAUUUUUAUUCCUUCACUGUUUUAAAAAUUCAACAAUUUAAUUUCGCCAUUUAUCUGAACAUCGCUAGUAUUUAGCAGGAGAACCAUCCCUUUACUUACGUUAAAAAAAGCGUUCUCUUCAAUGUGCAGCUAGAGUAUCAUCAAAUGAUAAACAUUCUGCUUGGAAAAUUGUUUUCAAAAACCAAAUUGAAGCCAAAAUCUUAAUUUAACAUCUCAAACGAGAUUGAAUACCAUGACGGUGAAUUUAAUCAAUCUGUAACUUUUAAUCCUGGUUUAGAUUUCAACUCAUAAAUGUUGUUAAAUAUACAUUUGUCUUACCUGAGGCGUCCGCGGCCGUUGACCUCAAACUACUUGCCCCUCCUCGUUUUAGAUUCGAAUCCCGACAGGGAUUUUGGAUACUUUCAUGUGAGGAAGCUAUCCAACUCGCUUACAGAACGUGGUGCCCGUUCGUGCCUGACAUAGUCACAAAGCGGUAUUGGUUGAUAUGCUCUUUUCUAUCUCUUAUCAUUUAUUCCUAUCCUAUGUUUUAUUCAAUGUUUAUUGUACUUUUAUAUUUGUAACUCCCUCAUUCAUAAAAACAAUUAAUGAUUUACUGUUAUUAUUAACAACUUAUCGUACAAAUAGCUUUCGU